AUGGCCACCACAUUAUUUCCAGACUUUGACGAGAACAAGACUGUCUUCGUGAGCGGUCUGACCAAAAACGUGACUGAAUCUCUGUUGUACAAAGAGAUCAGUGCCAAGUUUGAGUCGCAGGUUGCUUCAGUCCACGUCAGCCGUAACGAGCAUUACGACACUGCUAUUGCUUAUGUCAAUAUGAACACCCACGAAGCAGCCAAGAAAGCGAUAGAGACGAUGAACGGGGCAUUGAUUGAUGGGAAGCCAGUCAACAUGUUUUGGUCGUUGAAAGAUUUCAAGCAAAGAACAGAGACACAGACCAAUUUGUUUGUCAAAAACAUCAAGAAGACUGUCAGUCAGAAAGAGAUGCAAGACGUCUUUAUGACUUUUGGUGAAAUCAUUUCAGUUAAGUUGUCUGUCAAUGAGAAUGGUGCAUCAAAUGGAUUUGGAUAUGUCAAGUACAGAACUAUUGAAGCUGCACUUAAGGCUGUUGAAAAUGCUGCUGAAAUCAAGGCAAAAAUUGGGGAGGACAAUUUCAUCGUUGCAAAGUUUGAAAAACAGACGAAGAACAAGAAGACCAACUUGUACGUCUCAAACAUCGAUAAGAGCGUCAAUGAAGAACAAUUCGUUAAAUACUUCGAAACGUUCGGACCACUCAGAAAGAAUCCUGACAAUAAAUUCCAAGUCUUGUUUGCAUCAAAAGAUGAAUACCCAACUGCCAUGGGAUUUGUUGAUUUUGAGAAUGAAGAAGAUGCUCAGAAGGCUUUAACUGCUCCAAAGAACAACGUCCUUGGGCAGGGUGAAAUUAAGGUUGUUUAUUAUAUGAGCAAAAAAGAGCGUAAGAGAGAAUACCAAUUAAAGAAUAAUGAGAUCAUGGCUUCUAUUAAAGGAAAGUACAAAGAGUUCAAUAUGUAUGUCAAGACAUCGAACGACUCCGAGCACUCAACUUCUGAUGCCGAGAUCAGAAGCGCUUUUGCCGAUUGUGGUGAGAUUUACUCUAUCAGAAUUAAGUACUUCAACAAAUCCCCAACUGAUGUCGCCUAUGUUUGCUUCACUUCACAAGAAGGGUAUGAUAAGGCAGACAAAAUCGGCAAGGAGCUUGGAUGGAGUGUUUACAAGUUCAAAACCAGACAGGAACGAUCGUCAGCAUACCAGAUAUUAAACAACUACCCAAUGAACUAUGCUUUUUUCAAUCAAAUGAUGAACUUUAUGAGUCAGAACAUGCAACCUUAUGGCUUGCCAGGUAUGUAUCCACCACAAGGUCAGCAACAAAGACAAAGAAUAAAUCCAGGGAACACAAAGAAGACUCGUCAACAAAAAUCAAACAACGAACCAAGGAGCCGCCCAGUUCCAAAGAAGGAAGAAUAUCAAGAAGAACCAAUCAGCAAGCCAGUUCCUAAACCACAAGAACAAGUUACCGAUGAAAUGAAGAACGAUCUUGGAGAAGCACUUUAUUCAUUCAUCGACGAUCUUCAUAUGUUCUCGGACGAAGAAACUGUUGGGAGAAUUACUGGUAUUCUUCUCGAAUCAGUCCCAUAUGGCCAACUCAAAGAAAUGUCUGAUAAUGCAAAGGAUCACUUGAAGGAAGUUGUCAUGGAAAUUGAGAAAUCUAUUAAAGGUGCUGACGCCAAUUAA